CUUUAAUCAAUACAACAACUACAUACAUAUAAUCUACGCUGUGCAUAUUGUAAAAUUUCUAUUUAUAAAAGUUCUAUCGCAAGGACAUUGACAUUACAUAAAUAUCCUUAACUAACAUAUCUACGCACGCACACACACACACACACACACACACACAUCUCGUAUCGAAGUGAACGCCACACACGGUAGUAUUUUGCAGAGCAGUAGCACGGCUUUGCCACGCAUCAUCAGCUUGAAAGGAUUCAAGUGUGCAAUUAGCAGCAUUCCAAUUGUACGUUUAUCCAGUGGAUAAUUACUCGUAUCGUCGUCAGUGCUUGCAGCUGCGUAAAACAAGUCACGCUGAUGAUGGGAUACAUCAUGGGGUGUGCUUGUUUUAAAGGUAAAGGCUUUAAAGAACCCAGAAAAGACAAGACUGAUGCACCACACGGUGGUAAUGGCACACUAUCACCCAAUACCGAACAGCCAUCAUGUCAGAGUUCAAUGUUGCCACCACCAGGUGGCGGCCAAAGCGGUGGCCCGCAAUCGAAUCACACUCACGUGCAACACGUCAGUGGUGGUGGUGGUACCGGUGGUGGCCAUGGCGGCAACGGAAAUAGUGGCAACACUUCUGGCAGUCGUGAUCAGCAUGACGGCGUACAUAUACAGAAUUCCAAAUUGGAACGUCCCAAUACGCUUGGCACCAACAAAGUGUCACGUCGUGUGAACAUUUGUUAUCAUAAUGAGCAUUAUCCAGAUAGUGGCGCAGCAGUGAAUAAUGUUAUUGGCGGUCCACCUGGCAGCACACCACCACCCUAUGCGUCCGAUGGUAAAAUGGUGAAUUCCCAAGGCGGUGGUGGUGGUGGUGGUGGUGGCGGCGGCGGCGGUAGUGCAGGCGCUGGCGGUGUUUUACUCUCCGAGUUGCCAGAACCACCAAUACCGGUGUCCGAAAUUGGUCCGAUCCCACCGCCGCCCAUGUUUUCCACACCGAGUCCAACAUUGAUUGCUGGUCGGCCACAUGGGCCGGGUGCAAUGAAUGAUCAAGGUUAUCAGGAUUAUGAUUAUGAUGAUCAUGAACCUGACGAUGAUCAACUAGACUCCGAUGAGGAGUAUAUGUUCCAGUUGCGACAGCAACAACAAUCAUUACAUCCCAAUCAUGUCGAUACGCAGCGCAUUGAGGAAAUUCCAGCCAAAGAGCCAAAACCAAAUGCAGUUCCUCUCAAGUCGGCACUGAAGAAGAAGCCCGGCCAAACGUCCACGUCAUCGCCGGCCACACCCACACAGGAUCACAGCAAUGCCAAUGGCAAUGUGCAGCAAGGUGGUGGUGGUGGUGGUGGAGGUGUUGGUGGCAGUAGCGGUGGUAGUGGUGGUGGUGGUGGUGGUGGUGGCGGUGCAGCCACAUCGGCUAGUCAGCGACCGCUGGUAGUGCGACAGGAUGCAACCAACAGUUAUUCGUUGAAGCCAAUACUACGACCACGGAUUAGAAUAUGCAGGCAGCAAGUGUUCAACAUCAAUCUGCCCUGCACCGUCGAGAAUAAGGAGAACACACGGCCGUUUGUGAUACGCGAGAGCAGCAGCGACAGCGAUGAGGGUGACGGGCGCAUACUCUAUCGCGACGAUGAGAAUGACCGACAAGCGAAAAUUGCGCGCAAGGAGUCACUAUCGCUGAAGUUGCAAUUGCGACCCGAUAAGCAGGAUUUAAUCAAUCGCAAUAUUCUGCAUCAGGUUACCGAUAAUGAGUUGAAGGAGUCAAAGGAGGCCAUUGGCGCACGACUCAUACGUCGACUGUCGAUGCGGCCCACAGCUGAAGAGCUGGUAGAGCGCAAUAUAUUAAAGACACAAUCACCCGCCGAAGAGAAGAAACAAAAGGAGGAGAAGAAAUCUUAUUUGCUGCGAAAAUUGAGUUUCCGACCCACCGUCGAGGAGCUGAAAGAGAAGAAAAUUAUACGUUUCAACGAUUAUAUUGAGGUGACACAGGCGCACGACUACGAUCGGCGUGCGGACAAGCCAUGGACAAGACUGACGCCGAAAGAUAAGGCUGCCAUACGUAAGGAAUUAAAUGAAUUCAAAUCGUCGGAAAUGGCAGUGCACGAGGGUAGUCGGCAUUUGACAAGGUUCCAUCGGCCAUGACAAAUGCAAGGGCAGCAAACGACACUUGCAACAGCAGCCACGACAGCAGCAACAUCAGCGAAAAACUCAUUUUCCAAAUGCAACCAAUACAAUUUUGCGCUCGAACAGCAAAAGCGGCUACAGCAACAACAGCAGCAAAAGUUCGAGCGUGAUGGUAUAAAAACGAGAAAAUGAAAUACAAGAAAAUAAGUGGAUGAAAAACCAAAACAAUAAAAAAUCAACAAAAAAACUUCAAAACUUUUUUGAAUAAAAAAAAUGGAAUAAAAAAAUUGGAAAACAAAUGCUCAAAGGCGGCAAAGAAACAAGAAAAUAAACAAAAAAAUGCGAAUUAGAUUGUGGCAAGCAAGCAAAAUGGAAACAGUAAAAAGAAACCGAAAAAAAGAAAGAAAGCAAAAAGAGAAAAUAAAGACAAAUUGCGAAAAAUGGCAAAUAAAUUUUUACUUCUACAAUAAAAGUAAAUAAAAUAUAAAGUUAAUAAGAAUUGAAAGUAAGUUAAAGCAUAGAAAACAAAUAAACAAGCGAAAGUAGCAGCAAAGAAGUUUAACAAAAAAAAUACAGAGGAUAUCAAGAAAGUUAAAAUAAUAAAAAUGCAAAAACAAUGGCAGUUGAAACAAAUUGUAGGCAACCAAGCCAAUAAAUAUAGUCGACGACAGCCGCCGAGGUAGCGCCAGCAGCAGAUGCUCUAAAAGCAGCGGCAAACAACAACAAAAAUAAGAACAAGAGCUACAACAAAAAGAAGUAACUGGUAACGACAUAGUACUUUGGGGUUUCAACAAUAGCAACAACAAGCAAACAAGUAACAACCAACACCAGCAAGGAUAACAAGCUGCAUUGAGUAGCGUAACCUGGCAACAUUUGUCCAGCCAUGCUGACAUUUUCAACUUACGGCGCGCUUAAAUAUUUAUCGUUGCCAGGAAAUCCACUUUGCGUAAUACAAACAACAACAACAGCAACAGCGAACAAAACGAGUUUUGUUGCCAGUCAGCCGAAGCCGUGCCGUGCCGUGCUGAUGAAAGCAAGUGAUGAGCAGAGCAGCAAAUUGUGGCACUUAAAAUUACUUAGGACGAGUUUAGAGCUAAAGCCACACAAACAAAACAAAACAAAAAAAUAUUCAUUCCAAUACCAACAACUAACAAGAAGAAGAAUAACAACAACAACAAAAACCAGCGACGACAACUAUAAAAAAGGCAGAUGGCUUAAAAUUGUUUGAAGAUUUGACGAUAAAUGCGCGACAGCAGCAGCAAAUAGUGAUAAAAUUAAAACAACAAUGGCAGCAACAACAACAACAACAGUUGCAGCACUCACUCAACAUUGACAACAAUAACAAUUACCAGUGCUGUAAUAACAACGACGCCAACAACAGCCAGUAAGGAUACUACAACAAGCGGACUACAUACAUACAUAUUUCAAUUUGUCCAUCUCCGACUGUCGACCGUCAAAACUUGAAUGUGGCGCACUUUUGGGCAUUUAUAGUACACUUAAGCACAUUAUUGUUAUUUAUUAUGUUGUAUUUACAAAAGCCUUCCGUCGACAUUCAGCUACAUAUAUAUAGUAUAUCGCAUGCGGUAGCCGACACAACCCAACAACAAACGCCCACCCACCCAACCGCCUCACUCACAUUCAAUCAAGUAAAAUCAUUCAACUAUUCAAACGUAAAUGGAAAGUUUUCUCCUUGUCUAUAUAUGCGAAAUUGUUUCAGAAGAAUUCUCUCUGCGUUUUCCUCUUUGUAUUGUAAAAGUUGCAUUGUUGUAUUGUUGUUUAAUUUUUGUAACGCUUGUUUACAUUUUCCGCAAAAUGAUAAUGGAAGCUGUGAAAAGUAGCAGAUAUUUUGUUUUGUUUCGUUUUUUUUUUUAUUUGUUUGUUUAAUGUAAUUUGUAACUAGCAAACGUAAUUGUAAUUCAUACAAUAAACUUAUUUUAUGUAAAACCUAAAGUUUCUUAGUUAAAAACAGAAAAUAAAACCGUUAAGUACACACUUAGAACAAUGACAGCGUUUGUGUGUAAUGGAAUGGAAAGUAAAUUUUUCGCCCUAAGUAGCAUUUACUCACGCCGAAUAGAAGACGAGACAGCAAAAAGUGUGAGCUCGCUUUUUAAAAACUUUGAUGGCCAAGUGGCGGUGGGAUGCUACAGAUUUAUGGUUUUGUUUAUAAAAAAAUAAAAGUGGUUUAAAGAGCUAUAAAGAUUGAAAUUUUCACUCAGCUCUUCUUUAUUUUUUAUGAAUUUGAAUGUUAAACUUUGCACAAUAAAGUGGUGUAAAUAUUUUACGCUUUUGGUUUUGAUCUUACAAGCAUUUCGAACUUUUGAGCUUUUAAUUUAUACUUGAAACGAAUUUUUAAAUAUUUGUAAAAGUUUCGAAACUUUCAAUGGCCUCAAGGCUUUUUCAAGUUUUAGUGAAUACUUUUUAGAUAAGUUUUCAUAAAUAUUAGCCGCCGUUGAUUUGUCGACACUUAAAUGGAGAGUCGCGAAACGAGCGAGCACCUGACACAAACCACUCGCAAUCAGUGUUGCCACAAUGACUUUUUAUUUGGUACCAACAUCACCAAAAAAGUCACCAAAUUCCAUAAAAAAUUACCAAAGUUAUUGUACUUGCAAGCUUUUCGGGCAAUCAGCGUGCUAUUCAGCUAAAGUUUUUAAAGCCGCAUGAGCUUCGAAAGACACAACAUCGGAAAAUCUUGGCGUGGAUUCUAAAAUUAAUGUGAUUAAAGGGUGUGUAGCCAAAAAGCAACUGAAGGUACUGAUCAUUCAUCCCACAUCAACCGACAUGGAAACUUGAACCAAACUGAAAAUUAAAAUAUCAAAUUUUAUGAAAGAAAAAAUUACCAAUUUUGGUAAAAAAUUACCAAAAAAUCGGCAACGCUACUCACAAAAGUAAAACUUGUCGAAGAGAGGACCACUUAAAAGUUAGGCCACUUUAAUAAGGCAUACCCAACGGUCGGACUUUGCUCCGAUGGGAGUAUAUUUGCUCCUCCUUUUGGAAAAAAAAUUGAAUCUACUCCACUUGACUUAAAAUCUACUCCGAUUUUUUACAUUUAAAUUCUGGUAAUAUUAUUGACAAGUUUUUCACUACCAUUUUAACUUGGAGCGCGUAAACUGCGUACAUAUUUAACAACUAGCUGAAAUUUUAUUGGCUAAUUUUAGUUUAGCUCGAGCGUUUAAACUGAAAAACUGCUCCUAAACGAAUUUUCUUAAUUGGCUCUCUUUAGCACA